AUGGGUGAGGAAGAACUGGAUCCGCUUCCGGAGGAUGAGCAUCAAGUGCGUAUACCGUACUCUUUGGAGAUCACCAGUCAUACACCUGAGGGAAUGCCUACGCCACGGCACGUGGCUGAGCAGAUUGCUGUUGACAUGAUUGCCGAUGGGCAAGUCCGCAUGGAUGCAUGGGAAUUACUAUGCGACUGCCUUCCUAGCGGGGACCUUCGUAGGGAAGCCAGCACAGAUCACGCUGAUGGAAUGGGCUUCCUGAGUGGAGCCUACUCGCAAGGCCCGCUCCACGGCUUACGUCGCAACACGACGACAUUCCCCUGGGUAACACUUAUGAUCUGCAAGUACAUUCGCUCGUGUACAACUGAGGCCUUCACGAGCUUUGUGCUACAACGCAACACCAUGAUGCAGGCUCAUAGGGACCUCAACAACUCCCCUGCCAGCUGUAAUGUGGUGCUUCCAUGCUCAUCAUUUAAGGGUGGCGGCCUUUGGCUAGAGGCCCCCUCCGGCAACUGCCCAUCCAGAGAUGGCACCAUGCUUGGCAGGAUCCAAAACCUCACCUUGCCAGGUGCUGUCUUCCACCCACAUCUAUGGCAUGAGACACGACCAUGGCAGGGACAAAGGAUCACAGUCGCAAUCUACACCAUCAGGGCCGUGGCCGAUCUUGAGCCGAGCCAUCUCCACACAAUGUGGCAACUGGAGUUUACUCCACCGAUUAUCCCGCCACGGUCCCCUCCCCACGAUCCAACCGACAACGACACCUCACAGGACAAGGCGGUGGCCACGGCAACAAAUCAUUUGGAGGAGGAGGCAAUGGAGGAGGUGGAUACCAGCGCUCCAAUCGAGGAGGAGAUGCAUGAGCGGCUGACCAUCCUUCGAGGAGAUGCCCAACGGCGCACCAGCAUGGAGAAGCUGGGGUGGAUCAAGGGUGAGAAUUUCCAGCGUCUCAAGUGGGACCCGAAGCUCAAGAAGAAUGUCAUCGAUGAUGAGGAAGGAUUGUCGGAGAUCACGUAUGAAGACGUGUUGGCGGUGCUCCGGUCCAUGAUGACGCGAUGCAACACGGUGGAGGCGCUCCUGCGCUUCCACCCGACGAGGCCCAUCACGGAGCAGAUGCACGAGGGCACGUUGGCAUUCUUGCUGCAGUUUUCGCUGCAGAAUGAAUCCGGGAUGCAGCUUUAUGCGGACAUGAGUCAGCUGUGCCACUGCGGGUCUACGAUGGUUUGUGGCAUAGAGGUGAAAAAGGAAAGGAACAGCAGAAACCAGCUGGCAAAUCAGAUCAGCAGGCUGCUCAAUUCCUUGUGA